AUGACCCAAGCCUUCCAGCCUCAUCCUCAGUCACGCACUCUCCCCGGCGAAAUGUCCUUCUUGCACCAUCAGCACAUGAAUUCGCAGCCGUCCGACACCAACAGUGUGAGCACCACCUCGCCGUCGCUUUCCGGCAACCAUCUGUCUCGAACCGUGCAACCGCAAGAACUCCACCUUCCGGUCAUGGCCUCGUCGUCGUCCGAAUGCUCGCAGUCGCCGCCCUCUGGGCACGGAUCCAUCGACUCCCCCGCCACCACCUCGGGCUACCUGUCGCUGGACCGCCAGGAGGAGCUGCGGCGGCUGUCACUAGCAACGCUCGACGAGGGCCUCGGCGAGUCGUACCGGCCGCGCAGCAAUCCGGUCCGGCCCCGGCGAAGCACCACCACCCGCAUCAAACCGCGCGACGACAAGCACGCCCGCGAACUCGAGCUCAACCGGAAAGCCGCCACCAAGUGCCGCAACCGCCAGAAGGUCUUUGUCGAGAACCUGCAGGAGCGCUGCCGCCGCGAGGAACGGAAGAUGCAUCUGCAGACCUCGCUCGUCCACGCGUUGCACGACGAGGUCGUCGCCCUCCGUAACGAGGUUCUGCGUCAGAGCUUUUGCACCUGUCGCUUCGUCCAACAGGCCGUUUAUUCCACCGUGUCAUGA